CAAAGAAAAAAAACUCAGACACCAGAAGAAAACAUCAAACUCUUUGUUUCACACAUACACACACACACACACUUAUCAAGAAAUCAUGAACAUGGAUUCUUCUCAAUCUCAUCAUCAGAAUCAAAACAACAACUGGCUUGCCUUCUCUCUUUCCAACUCCAAUACCCUCUUUCAACAACCACCACCCACCGCCUUCCACCACCACCCUGAAGGAGAUCAUGCCACUGGAACAACAACCAGCCGACAUGAUUUGUCCAUUCUCACCGGCGGCAGUCCCAAACUGGAAGACUUCCUCGGCGGUUGUGGCUCCGCUGCCUCCAGUGGAUCUGGUCCCGAUGUUUGUCAUUUCCCAGAUGAAUCACAGUCCUCGAUGCAACCCCAUGACGCAGCUUCGAUUUAUGACUCCGACUUGAAGACAAUCGCUGCUACCUUCCUCCGUGGUUUCUCCACCGACAACCACCACCAUCUGCAUCAACAGCUGGCGGUGGCUCCAACUCCAACACCACCGCCGCCGCCGCAGGAUAACCCUCCGGCUAAAAAGGCUAUCGAUACCUUCGGCCAACGCACUUCCAUUUACCGUGGUGUAACAAGGCACAGAUGGACGGGGAGAUAUGAAGCUCAUUUAUGGGAUAAUAGUUGCAGAAGAGAAGGGCAAAGCAGGAAAGGAAGACAAGUUUACUUGGGGGGAUAUGAUAAGGAAGAUAAAGCAGCUAGAGCUUAUGAUCUUGCAGCCCUCAAGUACUGGGGUCCGACCACCACCACAAAUUUUCCGGUUUGUAACUACGAAAAAGAGCUUGAAGAAAUGAAGAACAUGACUCGGCAAGAAUUUGUUGCUUCACUUAGAAGGAAAAGCAGUGGGUUUUCUAGGGGAGCCUCGAUUUAUAGAGGAGUCACAAGGCACCAUCAACACGGCCGUUGGCAAGCAAGAAUCGGAAGAGUAGCCGGCAACAAAGAUCUCUAUCUCGGAACCUUCAGUACACAAGAAGAAGCAGCGGAGGCAUAUGACAUAGCCGCCAUCAAGUUCCGAGGACUAAACGCUGUGACAAAUUUUGACAUGAGCCGAUACGACGUGAACAGCAUCGCCAACAAAAACCUCCCGAUCGGUGGCAUGUGCAGCAAAUCCAAGACCUCAAUGGACCAAUCUCGGCUCGACCCAAACCAGCGGUCCGACGAGCGAGACCUCUCAAGCUCAACCUCCCAACCCCAACCACAACCACAACCCUCAAACAUCCUAAGCUUUGCCAUGCCAAUGAAACCCGACCCAUCGGCUGACUACUGGACUUCAGUCUUAGGGUACAACCAAAACCAACAAAUGUCAUCAUCUUCUUACCAAGGUACAACACCAUACAGCAUGGAAUACCCUUCAAGUACAAGCUACUACAACGGAGGAGGGUUGGUUGAGCAAGAGAACAAUAAUAAUGGUACUGGUGUUGCUUUAAGUACUACAUCAACAAUUCCAAUGGCUACCCCUAUGGGUUUGAAUGGAUCUAGUUAUGGAAACUGGAUAGAACAGUCUUUUCACUCGAAUCAACCUGGCAAGCAAAAUCUUUCAGUUUUUCAGACACCCAUAUUUGGAAUGGAAUGAUUUGAAUGGAGGGUAAAGUGAGAGUUGAAUGAAAGAAGGGGGUGGCAGAAGUUGACAGAUAUGAUACUACCUACUGUUGCUGUUACUAUUACUAACACCAAGUUCUUUGUAUCAUUAAUUUAGGUUUAUGUGUUUUGUGUUCAUUUUUUCUGCUUUUUUGCCUUUUUCAUCUUUACUGACUGCCCGUAUUAUAAUUAAUAGAAAAUGU